CCCCGUCCAUUUCCACAGCAAAGACACUGGCCUCUAGCAGUACAUUCCAAGCUUAACAAACAAAUCAUAUAGCCAUGGCCUAUUACCAGCGCGUAGGAACUGUCAGGCGGGAUACGGAGGAAACGGAGCAUACAUUCCACAUGUACAUGUUCCAGAUAGGGGAAGGGCGCCCAAACGGCAACGAGAGAAACGUCGUUACACCCCAAAACAACGGCUCCAUCAUGUUUGGCCGCAUCGCCGCUGUUGACUGGACCAUACGCGAUGGCCUUGACCAAAACAAGGCCAACGUUGUGGCCCGUGGACGAGGCUUUGUUGUCGGCAACAGCAUCACCACCCAUGGCUACUUCCUCUCUCUCGACAUCCUCUUCACCGAUGAGAGGCUCAAGGGGUCAAGCCUUAAGGUGCUCGGAAGUUACGAGAACCAGACCGGCAAUUCACAUUUGGCAAUCGUCGGUGGGACCGGGGAAUUUGCGUAUGCACAAGGUACUGUCAGUUACAAAGAAGCAUCUAAUACAGGGGCAGAAAUUAUCAGGGAGGUCCAUAUCCGUGUCUUCUGCCGCAACAUCCCAAAAACUCCUGCUGCUACCAAGGAAGGACCGUUCGGUGGCAACGGAGGGAAUGCUUUCGAUGCCCCAAAUCCAGCACAACGGAUAGAGAGCGUGACGAUUCGAAGCGGCGCUGUCAUUGACUCUUUUGGGUAUUCUUACACUGAUCUGGAUGGUAAGCAGCAGACCGCUGGUCCUUGGGGUGGCAGCGGUGGCAAUCCGGGAGAACUGAACCUUUUUGCUCCAUCAGAGAUACUGAAGAAAGUUCUGGGAACAACCGGGGAAUUUCAAGGAGCCACUGUCGUAACAUCACUUACAUUUGUCACCAACGUUAAGACAUACGGGCCAUAUGGAAAUGCAAAUGGCACUCCAUUUAGCUACCCGGAGAGGAGCAGUGACGAAGUUGUCGGCUUUUACGGACGCAAUGGCUCACUUCUUGAUGCGAUCGGAGUCUACGUGCGCCCAUCAGCUGCAAACUAGCUACUCCAAGUGGUUCUUUAGAAUAACUAUGCAUGGCUUUACACGAUGAUCGACUCUUCUCCUACUUUUUUUUCGUGUUUUAGCGAAUAAGUCGGACGGAUAGUCUUGGUCUCACCUGCUCCUUUUUUUUUAUCGCGUCUGCUCGAUUUUGUAGUCACCAUGCCAUAUGACAAUAAAUUAUAUUCCAGACUAGUGGUUUAUUAA